AUGGGCGGUCAUCGCCGUUCCUCCGCGCGUGUGCGGUCCCCGGUCCCUGAGGCCGACGAAGACUUUGCGGUGGCCCACGAGGCCGACCAAGAUCCCGCGGUGGAAGAAGACGGUACGGUAGCCCCCGAGGCCGAAGCAGACCCUGCAGCGCCAGGGUAUGACAAGCCCUCGUUGGAGAGCCGUGUGUAA